AUGGACGGCAAAAUUCAACUGGCUGCUGCCAACAGUUCAGCAUGCGGCGAGGCAUCCCACCACCAGCGGAUUUUGGAGAUGUUUCCUUUCCCGGUAGCUGGGCAGAUCAUUCUUGCUAUAAUUGCGUUGAUUAUCUGGCGCUUUCACCGAUGCAAGUGGUUCAUUGACAUCCAUGAAGAUGUCCAGAAAGAUGUCACAUCAGCACAACAUCAAACUGUCGAAAUCGACGAGCUUGAAAACUUCCAUCUCGAUUCCUCAGAGCCUCCUAAAUUUCGGCCAUUCAAGCCGAAGUAUCACCUAACAAUGGGCCUUGAAACACUCGGUUGCAGUGACUUCUUGAUAUUUGAUAAAACAUACCCAGAGCGUCUCAAAAUUCGCAGAUCCUUGGCUCAACAACAUCCAGAAGAUGUUAUUGGUAUCAUCAGUGAUUCUGAUGCACGUAUUCGACUCGCUGUUGAGGAACUAUACAGCCAUCUCUUCAAGAUCUAUCUGCCUGCUCGCUAUCCGUCAAUUUUCAAGACAACGCGUGACAAGACUGACCAUAUUAACUCGGUAGAAAACCUUAUCACGGGCAGCAUCAUACCAGCAGAUGCAGAGUCAAUAUCUCUCCAUGUCGCUUUGAAAAUCAUCUCAGAGAAUAUCGAUGAAGACUUUUUUAUUCUUCUACCGCACAAAACGGAUGAAGAUACACCCGGAGAUGUCGUCUAUGUCCUCGAAGCCUACUCUGCAUGCUUUCCCUCUGGUUUUCAACCCAGAGAUAAAAUUGGAAAACGCUUGGCCGACAUCCACAGACCGGUUCCGAAAUACAAAGAGAAACUCCAGAAGAGCAUGGACAGGUUCUUCGCACGACUUGAAGCGGGCCGUUUGGUAAAGCGGAUCAACUGGGCUAUUACUGUUGAUGAGGAGCUCUAUUCCAACUUUGACAAAAGUGGACCCGCAUUCGAGGGCACACUGAAGAAAAUGACCAUGAAGGAUUUGGACCUGAACAAGACUUUCCUUCGUAGCGAGCGCCAAACUCUUCAUCGUCUUCCAGCAUCGGAUGCUAUUGUCUUUGCCUUCCAUACAUAUCUCUACCCGAUUCAAGAUAUCAAGGCAGAAGGCAGUGGUGAAGACCUUGCUUUAGCUAUCGAUGGGCUGCAAAGUGGAAGUGUCCCUGAAAUAUUUACGUAUAAGAAUGGAGAGAAAUGGGCAGAUGCUGUGAAACAGUAUCUGAGAAGCUAG